AUGGGGGCGCUUGANCGCCACUGGGUCAGAGUGCCAGAAAACUGGCNAUGUGCACCAACUCCUGAGCUUGUCUGUCUGACAAUUCUAAUUAGUGAUGGUGGAUCUCACUUCUGCAACUCUCAACUUGAAAAGUUAUUAAAGCAUUAUGAAGUGAGGCACAAGGUUGCUUCCCCAUACCAUCCUCAGACCAACGGCCAAGCCGAGGUUUCCAAUAGAGAGAUUAAGAGGAUUCUUGAGAAAACAGAUUCUUCUUCAAGAAAAGAUUGGUCAACAAAGUUGGAUGAUGCUUUAUGGGCCUACAGGACCGCAUUGAAGACACCAGUGGGAAUGACUCUAUUUCAGCUAGUUUGUGGUAAAGCUUGUCAUUUGCCAGUGGAGAUGGAACAUAAAGCUUACUGGGCUUUGAAGUUUCUAAACUUUGAUCCUACCUUGUCUGCCGAGAAGAGGAAGUUACAGCUUCAAGAGUUGGAAGAGAUAAGACUAAAAGCCUAUGACAACUCCAAGAAUUACAAGGAAAAGGUCAAAUUGUAUCAUGACAAGAAGCUUCUCAAGAGAGACUUUCAAUCUGGUCAACAAGUUCUUCUCUUCAAUUCUAGAUUCAAGAUCCUUCAAGGCAAGUUGAAGUCAAAGUGGUCUGGACCUUUCACCAUCAAGGAAGUAAAACCUCAUGGAGCCAUUGAAUUGGUUGGUCCUUCCUCGGACGAUCUAGAAAGAAGUUGGGUGGUAAAUGGUCAGCGGUUGAAACAUUACUUGGGUGGUGAGAUUCAGCGUCUCACCACAAUUGUCCAUCUCUCUGACCCUUGA